AUGCGGUGGACAAAGGCGAUAUCACUGCUGCUCGCAACAGCGACAAGCUUCUCGUCAAUAGCACAAGCAUGGGACUGGCUACCAGCAACCGACAGGAAUCGCACGCUCGUCACCGACUUUGUCGUCAAGGCUUCCCCGUCAUCCUUCAGCACAGAUAAUCAGCUCACUGAUGCUCAACUUCGCGGCCUCAACAACUCCGACUUCUACCUCUAUAACUACCUGUCUACAAAUAUGAACCAAACCAAGGUACAGCGAGCCGUCAUUAUGCUCCAUGGCCUCGGUCGAGAUGCCUGGUCGUAUUUCGACAUCACACAGGAAGCGCUUCUCAACGCGACUUCGAGAAGAGACCGCACAAGUCACAACGCACGUCUGCGCUUCGAUGAAGUGGCCAUCAUGGCCCCCAUCUUUCUCAAUCAGCAAGAUCCCGGCUGCUAUCCUGUCGACGACCAGAAGCAGCCCACCUCUAACACGCUUGUCUGGGAUUCGAGCAGCUGGGCGCAAGGUGCCGAUUCCAUGUAUCCGCUCAGCAUCAACGACACCAACGGCCAGCCCUUCCAGCCUCCCGGCGUCUCCUCCUUUGAGGCUCUCGAUGCCGUGGUUGCGUGGUUCUCCAACAAAACCAUCUUCCCAAACAUGAACACGAUCAUUGUGGCUGGCCACAGCUUGGGCGCGCAGAUGGCGCAACGGUACGCCCUCGUUGGAGCAGUGCCCUCGGCCACCGUGCCCGUCCACUUUGUAGUCGCCAACCCUGGCUCCUUUGCCUACCUCUCCGAAUGGCGGCCAAGGUCGUACGACAACUGCUCAGACACAUUCAACAACUGGAAAUUUGGCCUGAGUGCCUACUCUCAGUCGUAUCUGUCCGACUUUAUCGCCGACUCGCUUGACGACGCCAACGAUGUCGAGAGUAUCGUUCAGCGCUAUCGUCGUCGCAUCGUUUCGUACCUCUUUGGUCUCGCCGACCACGGCAAGGGAGAUACAGCGUGUGAAGCGCUCGCACAGGGCACGACGCAUCUCGGGCGAGGGCGCAACUUUGUCCAGCAUCUGACCGGACUGGACGGCGGCUUCCCAACAGCGCACUCGGUCAACUUUAUCCCCAACGUCAGCCACGACGGGCUCGGGAUGUUCUCCAGUCAAGCGGGCCUAGAGCGGCUGUUCUUCAUUAAUCUCAAUGGGACAGAAUCGCCGACCGCUGUGGGGGACGACGACCAGAGCGCGACGCAGUGGGCUCAGUCCAAGCAUUCGCAGCUCAGGAGCAGUGCCUCGAGAGCGAGAUCAUUAGGGGCUGCUUCAAUUGGAAUGGGAGCGUUGCUGGCGGUAGCAACUGUCGCUGCGCUAGGGCUGUUUUGA